UGUCUGUAGCACGGCGUUUCGGGGCGGAAACGGAGGAAAAGCAGCCAAUAUGGCGGAGACGCACAGCUUGCAGGAUCUGAGACAGCAGGCCACCGUCGCCUCCAAAGUGUUCGUUCAACGCGACUACACGUCAGGAACCAUCUGCAAAUUUCAAACUAAAUUCCCCACCGAGCUCGAGACCAGGAUCGAUAAGCAGCAGUUUGAGGAGACGAUCCAGGCGUUGAACAAUCUGUAUGCCGAGGCGGAGAAGCUGGGAGGGAAGUCGUAUUUAGAGGGCUGCCUCGCCUGCCUCACUGCCUACACCAUCUUCCUCUGCAUGGAGACGCACUACGAAAAAGUGCUGAAAAAGAUUGCCAAGUACAUCCAGGAGCAGAAUGAGAAGAUCUACGCUCCUCUGGGUCUGCUCCUCACCGACCCCAUCGAGAGAGGACUCCGAGUCGUGGAAAUAACUAUAUUUGAGGACAGAAGCAUCGGCUCAAGAUAAAACACACCAAAGCAGGAAACUUUGGCCAUGUGAAGCUGUCCUGCUGGAGUCUGACUCUUCUUCACGCUGCUCGUCAUCGCUCCGUUUCUGACCGCAGACUCUACAUCGUACUCCUUCGUGUAAUUCUGUUCUCCUUCCUGUUAUCCAUUCCUCUCAGGAGAAUCAAACCUGACGAGCCCUUCCUUUCGAAAGUUGAGCUUGCUUCAUUUAUAAGCCGCUCAUGUUUUUGUACCGUCUUAAUUACCAGAAAUUAUUUUAAAAGCAACGUUUUCUAUAGUGCUCCUUUUAAAAUAGUUUCUUUUUCCUGUUGCCUUUUUUAAUUUUUUUUUUGUGUAUGUAUAUAUAUAUACACACACACACACACACACACGUGUGUUGAGUGAGGGGCAGGUCGCGUGUACAGUGUUGAUUCGCCACACGGCUGCAGUGUUCAGCGAGACGGCGUCCUUUCAGUAAAACGUAUCAUUAACGACAAACUUUAUAAACUGACGUUAUAGUGAGCGUGUUCGUAUUCUGAUCAUUUUAUGAUGAUACUCAGUCGGUUAGUAAACUGAUUGUGCAGAGUUACAGGAGUACAUCCUUCAUGAAGGGCGGAGCUCAAGUUAAAUUCGAUCAGCCAGUUGGAAAUGUGAUCAUGUGAUGUCGGCACAAAUGUUUAUUACUCCGCCUCGAUGACUUCCUGGUUUAAUCUGGUUAACCUCACUGACUUGAAGCCGAAAUGUAUCCUGAGCUACCUUUUUAUCCGGAUAACUAGUUUAACGUUUAACUCUUGAGCAUAUAGUAUAUGAUGAUAAUACUAAAAUAAUAUUUAGUGCAUCACAAGCACAAGUGAUCUCACACAUCGGGUUUGUGAUUGGCUGACUGUAUUGAUCUUGUUGACCUCAAGGUGCCUGUUACUUUGCAAAAUCAGGACUUUUCAGUCGUCCGCAUAUACAUUAUACACACACUUUCUUUCUCCUACCUGAUUUGUCAACAAUACAGCCAGGUUUAAAUUUGACUGUCCUUAUACUGCCUUAUUAAUGGUACAGAUUUAUCGCCACAUAUUUAGUCCACGUGUUGAAUAUAACUAAUUAUUGGCAUAUAGAUAUAAUGUGCAUUUUAAUUCCAUCACCGCUGACGUUCAUGAUGAAUCCAGUCCAUUCCACCAUAUGAAGUGAUUUUGCUUUGACCCAAUUAAACACUAAAACACACAUUAACCCUGGUACUAAACACAGCUACACUAAAGACUCUACCUUUAAUUGUGUGGAUGCAGAUGCACUCGGGGGGGGGGUGGCACGGUGGUGUAGUGGUUAGCGCUGUCGCCUCACAGCAAGAAGGUCCGGGUUCGAGCCCCGUGGCCAACGAAGGCCUUUCUGUGCGGAGUUCGCAUGUUGUCCGCGUGGGUUUCCUCCGGGUGCUCCAGUUUCCCCCCCAGUCCAAAGACAUGCAGGUUAGGUUAACUGGUGACUCUAAAUUGACCGUAGGUGUGAAUGUGAGUGUGAAUGGUUGUCUGUGUCUAUAUGUCAGCCCUGUGAUGACCUGGCGACUUGUCCAGGGUGUACCCCGCCUUUCGCCCGUAGUCAGCUGGGAUAGGCUCCAGCUCGCCUGCGACCCUGUAGGACAGGAUAAAGCGGCUACAGAUGAUGAGCGACGCACUCGGACCGUGUGCGCAAACCUCAAGCCAGGUUUUAAUCAAGUUGACAAAGAUCUGUCUUUAAACGAUGGUCUUAAAUAAAAUUUGUAUAUUGAUACUGAUGCUGUAAAUCCCCUAAGGUUAGAAGUGGCCAUGUUUAUUGGAUUCGUGAGCAAAGCUGCCACUUGUAUCUUUGUUGUACCGUAAUAAACUGUUGUCUUUUCUUCAAAGAUCUCUGCACACCUUUAUUUAAAAUGUGUAUGGUAAUAAAGUUGAUGUAACUUCAA